AUGGCCGAAGAGCCCAAUUACGAUGGAGGAGUGAACAAUAUUGCUUAUGUGAAAAACGAAACCAGUGAAAAGAUUCACGAGCCCUAUUUCGCCCAGUACAACGCUAACAAACCUAACUCAAAAGUUCGAAUUCAAACCCCCAAUAACGAGGGGACUACGGGCUCCAGAGCUCAUCAACACACGGACUUUCCUGCUCAUGCUGUGUGCAAUUUAUCAUCGGCGCAAGAUGAUGAAACAAUGGAUUUUGACGACGUCUUGCCGUUCAUUGGCGAGUUUGGCACUUAUCAGAUUAUCCUGUUCUUCCUGACCGCACCAUUUUGCUUUUUCAUGGCGUUCGUUGUAUUCAGCCAGGUGUUCGUCACGCUGAUAGACGUCCAUACCUGCCACGUACCGCAACUCAACGAUUCGGGCCUCAACCUUACCCAAAAGAGAGAGAUAAGCAUUCCGUUGGUGACGCAGACAGUGUUGGGCGGUCCCCCGACCUUCGAUAGUUGUAUGAUGUAUGACGUCGAUUACGAAUUAGUACUGAAUGAGGGACUGCAACCCAACGAGACGUGGCCGACGAUUCCAUGCCAGAAUGGAUGGGAUUACGACUUGGAACAAAUCCGCUACCAUUCGGCCAUAACAGAAAAUAACUGGGUCUGUGACAAGGCCGGUCAUGCUCCCUUAGCGCAAGCUGUCUUCUUUUUGGGGAGUAUCGUAGGUGGCAUCGCCCUCGGUUACAUCGCUGACCGUUUUGGUCGCAUUCCUGCCCUCAUCUUGUGCAACUUGAUCGGUGGAUUGGCUGGCAUCACUACUGCCGUCUCCAACAGCUUCGAAUUGUUCGCCUUUUCCCGUUUUCUAAUGGGCAUCGCCUUCGACAAUUCAUUCACGCUCAUGUACAUUCUAGUAUUGGAAUACGUGGGACCCAGUUACCGGACAAUGGUGGCAAAUUUGUCCAUCGCCUUGUUUUACACGGCCGGCACUACACUUUUGCCAUGGAUCGCUUGGGGUAUUAGUGAUUGGCGAAUGUUCAGUUUGGCCACUUCCAUCCCUAUGACACUGGCUGUCACCGCUUACUGGAUCGUUCCUGAAAGCGCUCGUUGGUUGCUGUCUCAAGGGCAAACAGACCGGGCAAUUUCCAUAUUGAGAACUUUCGCUCGCAUCAACAAGAAACGGGUUGAUGAGAAUGUCUAUGAAAAACUCAAGGCUUCAAAUGCUGAAGCCAUGCAGGCCAGUGCCCAGGAGCCUGCAGCAUCGGUACUCGACUUGCUUCGAACACCUCGGCUCAGACGUAAUACUAUUCUGCUCACUGUUUUCUGGGCCUUGAUUGCACUCGUUUACGAUGGCCAUGCCCGUAACACGGCCAAUUUGGGACUGAGUGUCUUCCUGACAUUCAGCGUGGCAUCCGUCACAGAGCUUCCAGCUGAUUUGGUUCUGGUUUUCUUCCUGGACCGUUGGGGUCGCCGUGCCCUGGCCUUUGGUUCUCUGAUGGGAGCUGCUGCUUUCAGUUUGGCUACUUUAGCCGUACCCAGUGACGAAGCUGUUUUGACUGCCGUCUUGGCCAUCAUUGGUCGAUUUUGUGUCAACAUCACGUUCAACAUUGGCUUGCAAUAUGGAGCAGAGCUGAUUCCGACGGCUGUUCGAGCUCAGGGCAUUGCGUACGUCCAUACUGCUGGUUACGUAGCAGCCAUUGUGUCACCCUACAUCGUGGAUCUCGCAAGAUUUAGUCCACUUUUGCCACUUACUAUUCUUGGAUUGCUGGCGCUGAUUGGAGCUUUUGUGGGAAUCAUGUUACCGGAAACACUUGGUUCCGUUCUGCCAGAGACGAUCGAGGACGGUGAAAACUUUGGCAAAGAUCAAAGUUUCUGGGAUUUUCCCUGUUGCAAAAAGCCAAAAAAGAUUGUGCCCUUGUCAGAGCGACGACGUCCAGUUUCUACCCGGGGAGAGAUCUACAGAUCUAACAUGUUGGUCCCACGGCCUUCUCGAGUACAACAGCCUCCUCGACCACACCAUCAAUCUUGCCGCUUCUAAAUCUCCCGGUUUUUCCAAUUAGCAAAAUUAAUCUUGGUGUUGUUACCGCCGGAUCUUGACGAUAUAACAGAUUUUUUUAUUUAACUGUUGAUUACGCUCAGCUCAAAAAUUCCGUUUUACAUUUCAUUAUCGGCUGUUCAUCUAAACUCCGUUAAAUACACUUGAUAGGAGUAUAGAGAAACUAAUUAAAAAUUAGGAAACAUAAAUAU